AUGCUGGUGGUGUUCGAGUGCCGCUGCGGCUGGACGGUUCCGGGGCAGUGGCUAGCUGUCGUGGGUUCGGCUAGCCAGCUCGGCGCGUGGGAUGUCAGUCGCGCCGUCAAGCUGCAGACCUCUGCGUCCUCCUUCCCCGUCUGGUCGUCUGGAGAUGUGUGGCUCAGCGAACCCGCGGGAAGGGGGGGCCCCCAGGGGGCCCCCGAUGCUCCCGUGGAGUUCAAAUUCCUGGUGGGCGACCUCGAGGGGUCGGCAGUCAUCUGGGAGCAGCUGCCGUGCAACAGACGCUUGCUGCAGAGAGGCUUCUCUUCGGGAGUGCGUUACAGGGCUUCCUUUGGGGAGGAGGCGCAUGAAGAAAUUCCCCUGGCGCCGUCGUCUCCAGCACCUGCCAAGACACAGCAGCAGCAGCAGCAACACGAGGCAACGUGGAUGGGCAGGAGCAGGGAGUCCUUUUCCUCGUCUUUGAAGCGUCUUGCUUCGGGAGUCGAUCUUUCGCCGCAAUCCGUAUCCGGGGGAGGGGGGGGCCCCUCUUCCCUGUGCGCCGCCCCCGAGGGGCCCCCCUCCCCCAGUUGCACGCAGCUGUUGGGCCCAGGGGGGCCCCCUGCUGCCUCCUCGCCUUCCGGCACGAGCAGAGCUCUGAAGGCGCUCGCUGAAGGCAACGCCUCUGCGCCUUCUUGGGGGGCAAAGUUGGAGUUGGUGAAGCGCACUGUUGCAGCGGCAGGCGACGGAAUAAGCCUCGCGAGAGCCUCCCCCGAGCAGCUCGUCGCUGCAAUCGACGCCUUGUGUUAUGCGGGAAUCUACACCGAGUUUGUGCGCCAAGGAGCCGUUAGCUGCCAAGAGGACGGCCGCCAUUUCAGGCCCAAUCGGCAUGCGAAUCUGUCGAGAGACGUGUCUGUACACCUGGAGCUGCUGCUGCAGGCAGUAGGCUCACGAGGAGACGAUCUCGCUUCAGCUCUCCGGCUAGUCAUUCGGUCCAUCCCGCCGGCGUUGCCUUCUUUCGCGGAUGCCUUUCGAGCCGCGCAGCCUCUUACCCGCAUCCGCAACAUUGCGCAUAGGGACGACAUUCCGAUGGAUUUGAAGAACGAGAUCAAACACACGAUUCAAAACAAGUUGCACCGCUGCGCAGGCCCCGAAGAUUUGGAAACAACGCGCAAUCUUUUGCAGCGGAUCCAAGCAGACAGGAGUCGCUACUCCGUGGGAUUCGUCUCGGAGCUGGAGACUUUCUACGGGGAACUGUGCGCCUUCUUCAAUCAAGCCGAUCUCUGUCAGAGACUGCGGGAGCUGCGGGCAGGGGAGUCUCCUCGCACUGCAGAAGCGAUUGACAGGUAUCUGGACGCUAAAGCACGAAGCGAUGCUCCAGGCGCAUCUCCAACAAAACUCCUGCUCACCUUAGGGCUCGCAACGGAUCUCCGCAUUGUUCUUACGCUCCAGCUCAGAGAUGCCGGGCAGGUUCCCGAGGGAGAAAUGCAACACACACAAAACAAGCGGAUGGCUGAGUUACAACUCGAAGAUGCAGCAUUCGUCUUGCUGAGUCGCUUGGUGAAUUCCUUCGAGGAACAAGAGACAGGCUUUCGAUGGACCGAUGCUAUAGAAGCGCUGUAUUUGGGGGCACGCAACAUUGAAGCCUCGGGUGUCAGAGCAGAAGAAUGUCGCGCUAUUCAACGAGAGCUGCAGAGUCACGCGCGAGGCGACUUGGAGGAUGACGAGGCCUUGUUGCUGCUGAAAGCCACGGUGGAUCGAACGAGACGCCUCUGUCAAGACAUCACGGAUGUGUUGCUUGCCGUUUUCGCGCACAGAGUCGAGCUUUUGGGAGGCUUGUUAGGCGUUGAUCCGCUGUACCGAGCCGUUUAUGCUGAAGGCAGGAUUCGCAGCAAUGUCGUCUUCCAGCUUUCCAAGGUUUCCCACGUUUUGCUGCGCAGUCUGAGGCAGCAUCUCCAUCAGCAGCCGUAUGACGUGCUCGUCGCGGGCUGCUUCGUUGGCUCCGUCGCCGUCUUCGAGACUCUCAGCGCUGCUGCCUCGGCACUGCUCCUCAACACCAGCCAACGAACGUCGAACUGCUCGAAAGCAAACACCUCAGAAGAUGCACCAUACAAGCCGCUUCUUGUUUGCGCAAGGACUGCAUCUGGAGAUGAAGAGGUGGCUGGCAUUGACUGCGGAGGAACCUGCGCUGCAGGAGUUGUGAUUGGCCACGACAUUCCCAUUCUUAGCCAUCUAGGUGUGCGAGCUCGGCAGCAGCGGCUUCCUUUCGUUGCUUGCCAAGACUCGACUGCCUUUGACUUCUUCUGUGCUCUGGACGGCCAGUGGGUGGAAGUGGCUGCGUUUCCGGAGAGCUUCAGCUGCCGAACGCUUGAAGCUGCAGACGCAGCGACGGCUGUAGAGGAACAGCGCAAGGCUAGGCUUUGGCAGAAACGUAGUAGCGAAGACGAGGAGGUUGUAGUAGCCCCCUUUGCCAGAAGCGGCUCGUUUGCAUUCGGAUCGCUCGUACAGGCGGCCCGAUACGUUGAGUCGUCCUCGCAGCCACCGCAGCUGCUUCCGUCUGAACGCAUAAAGUUGGCUAGCUGCGGUGCAAAGGCUGCAACUUGCGCGCGCUUAGAGGCGGCAGCAGAUGCAGCACUUCAAAAAGACGAAGAACCUGUCUUUAGAGCUCCUAAGUGUCUCUGUCUUCCAUUCGGCUCCAUGGAAUGGGCUUUGCAUGCGGAAGGCCAUCAUGAAGCGUUUCAUGCGCUGCUCAAGGAGCUCGAUGCUGCCGAUUUCGACGCUGAGGAACUCGAAAAGCUGUGCAGUCGCAUGCAGCAGCUCAUCCUCACACUGCCGCUACCCAACGGCGUUCACCAAACAGUUAAACUUUUCUUUGGUCCCAAGGCACGCCUCUGCCUCCGUUCUUCUGCCAACGUGGAGGACCUGGCCGGGAUGUCUGCUGCAGGCCUGUACGAGUCCGUGUGCAACGUUCCGGUUUGCGAUGUAACGGCCAUACAAUCUGCCGUCUGCACUGUAUGGGCAUCUCUUUUCUCUCGGCGUGCAGUGCUCGCGCGCAAAGUUGCGAACAUUCCACAGCGGGAAGCCUGCAUGGCGGUGCUCUUCCAGGAGUUGCUUGUGCCGGAGCUGAGCUUCAUCUUGCACACAGGAGGCAUCGAUCGACAUCCAGCAAGUAGCGAUAGCGACUUUACAGAGGCCUCAACGCAAGACACCCAGCCCCAGACACCUGAAGUGUAUGCAGAGCUUGCACCUGGACUUGGAGAGAUACUCGCCAGUGCGCGCAUGCGAGGCUCUGCCUACAGAAUGCUGGUGGAUAGGGAAACAGGGGCGUACAAACUGCUUUCCGCGUGCAGUUUCUCAAACGUAAUAAUGCCCGUUAUACCUCGGAGCAAGAGCUACAUGACGCUACGCGACAACGGAAGUGUUGCACCCGCCACACCUACCCUAGAGCCUGAAAAGCUCUUGCGGGUGAAGGUGUAUGACCAGACAGCUGACCCUUUUGCCUCUCGGGAACUGCGCGCUCAAGCGGCAAAACAAAUUGCUGCAGUUGCAGUUGCGCUCGGGGAACCGCAGGAUGUGGAGGGUGUCUUCACCAAGGCCGGGCUCUUCAUUGUGCAGGCAAGGCCGCAGGCAUGA